AUGGCGGUAGAGACAGGAGCAGUAAUCCAGGCCACACAUGUGUCAAGCGGUUACUCGUUUCGGGCGCUUGUAGAACGUGGAAAUCAUUCCGAAUUUCUAACAACGUGUUUAUGCAGCACGGAGAAGCCUUACGAGAAGCUAAAGGUGGCCCUGAAUGGUCAGGUGAGCUGGUCGCAAACGACCGCCAAGUUUGCUCUGUUCCUGGUGGAACUUGAAGCUAAUAGAGAAGGUGAUGGCUACACCUUCUUAGCACAUUUCAAGGCAAUGGCGCACCAGAAGAAAGUCAGUCGCUCGCAGUCGACGGGAUGGUACUUGGGUGCGACAAAGUCGGGGCUUCUUGGAGAUGCCGGCAAAGGGCACGAGAGUUUAUUUCAGCUAACGGUUAUAUCACCUCGAGCAGCUUUCGUGGUGGAUACAGCACGCUCAAUGGUACCAUCAUCGAAGCACUUAUCGAUACUAUGUGAAUCCCAGCGACGGUCGUUCAUGCAAAAUGGAUACCUGCAGAUCCGCGGGGCUGUUGCACUGCCCCUGGUUAACGCUGCGUUGAAGCGCAUCAACCAUGAUCUUGGCAUCCCGAGACGGCUGAUUGAAGGUGGAGUAGAAGGGAGCGUCAAGUUGGCAGGUAACACGUCCAACAGCGAUGCAAUUCUAGAUAUCUACUACCUCUCCAAUGUCCGCAAGUAUGUGGAAGCUAUCGUCGGUGUUGACCAAGUGGUGGCUCCUCAAGGAGCACAAGUCGCUUUGCGAUUUCCAGAUCUUGGUGAGCCGCGAGAGCCCCUGGGUACAGAAUGGCACACGGACGGCAUGCGGCAGGGCCGACGACAUCCGUUUAGUUUGUUGGCGGGUGUCGCUCUUUCUAAUGUAGCGGAGCCGCUUAGUGGUAACUUCACUGUUUUUCCCGGGUCGCACGCGUUCCUCCAUAACCGUCUUGCUGCUAACGGUAAGCUGGAUGAUCAUGACGAUGAGUGCUACAAAGCCGACAGUGUGUGGGGAGACGGCACACUACCCGAUCUGGGUAUACCGGUACAACUCCUCGCUGGUCGUGGCGAUUUGGUGCUGGCACACCCUGACCUUGCCCACCGAGGUGGUCUCAACUUCUCUCCGGACAUUCGUUACCAAGUGUACUUUCGGAUCAGGCAUAAAGCGCUGGAUGAUCUGCAGGAAGCGUGCAUCGCAGACCUUUGGGCGGAUCUGGAAGGACUGAGCUUAGACAAAUAG